UUUCCUAUUUCGCCGUCCACGUCGUUAGGCCAAAUUCGCGAGGUGCUUCCCUGUGUGGAAACGUGAGUUACAACACUGUUUGUAGCUCUUCAAGUCACUGUACAAUGCGAUUUUUGGUAGGCCUACACAGACCAUUUAGAUACGGGGAACUCCUGCAUUCUACAAUCUAGAAAAAGGAGCAGACCAGUGAAGACAGACGCUACGUUCUAUGCGAGACAAGUGCACACACACACUUGAGGUAGAGGAGCUCGGCGAGGGAAGGAGGAUCGUCACACUGACAGACAGCGGACGUCAAACUCACUUAAUUGAAGCCGCAGCUGCGGUAUUCAUAAGAAAAUUGCACGACAACCAUAGUCUGAACAUAAGAAAAUUGUUGCAGUUGUUGGAGGUUUAUGCAGAUGCCCCCCCUGAGCCCCCUGUUAGAGCAGCGGUGCCCAAGUUCAGGAUUGUGAGAGACGAUCAGUCAGGGCCCCAAGGAAGAGUCCUCUAUCGUCUUGAAAUUUCUGACGACUCGGGUGAGAGAGAGUCUGACACACCCUCCCUAGAAGAGUUCACUCCAAAUAGUAGCGUGAGAGAGACAGAGACAGACAUUAGACAGUGGGAUACCAGUGCCCCACCAGAAACAGGUUACAGCAGCUUAGGGACAGAAGAAGAGGGACACCAGGAGUCAGGUCUGUGGGGUCCAGUAAGAGCUCCAACUCCCUAUCCAGGUAAUACCGUAUCCCACCGGCUAAUCCGUAGCCCAUUCCGUGUAGUUAAUAGCCCAACAUCACCAAGUUACAGCACAACAUCGCCACCCUCUACAAGUUAUAGCCCAACCAGCCCCCAGUACAGUCCCACUGUGCCUCAGCCAGAGCAGGAGGAGGCUCACGGCCCGGUUGAGCCCCAGCCAGUGCAGGACAUAGAACAAGAACUGAGAGAAAUAGUUGGCCGAGACAGAGGUAGACUGGCCAGUUUUAUGAAGGAGUCUUUGUCAGUGUCAGUGUUCUGGAACAAGGAAGGGAACAGUAGGGAUAAAUAUUCAGUUCACAUUGACCAUUUUGACAAAUACGGAGGAACCCACUCGAAACUGGACACUCGCAUAGCGCCUUUGGCCCUGCAGACAGUAAUAGAGCAGGUAGGAAAAUUUGUAGGAGUGAACACCAGGCAAGUGGUUGACCAGCUGUUUGCCCCACCUGAGGGCAGAAAGCACAAGUUUGAGAGAGACUCCCCAGCCACAAGAAGGAGAAGGACAAAUAGAGAUUACAGAUAGGGGACGAGGGAAAAGGUCAAAGGGGAGGUAUUGCUGCGAGACCUCCAUAACGACUGCCUAGCUCUAAAUAGCCUCUAUAACGACUGCUUGACUAAAUAAAAU